AUGAAGAAGUUCAUAACAAGCGCUUUACCUUAUGUGAACAACCAGCCACACCUUGGAAACAUCAUAGGGAGUGUCCUUAGUGGAGACGUGUACAGCAGAUACUGCAAGAAGAAAGGAGAGGUCUCUGUGUACAUCUGCGGAACGGACGAGUAUGGGACGGCCAUCGAGAUGGAGGCCAUCUCGCAGGGCGUGACUCCUUUGGAGAUAUGCGAGAAGAACAGGAAACUCCACAAGCAGGUCUACGACUGGUUUAACAUUGACUUUGACUACUUUGGUUUUACAUCCUCGGCCACCCACACAGGGCUGGUGCAGGAUCUUUUCAUGAAGAUGUAUGACAACGGGCACUUCAGUGAGGUGGAGAUUGAGCAGUUCUACUGUGAGCACUGUGGGCUGUUUCUUGCCGACAGAUUUAUUGUUGGGGAAUGCAAGUUCUGUGGCGAUGGGCGGGCAAGGGGCGACCAGUGCGAUUCGUGCGGACAUACAUACAACUCUCUCGAGCUUCUGUCGCCAAGGUGCUCGAUAUGCAGCUCUUCCCCUGUUGUAAGAGCAACCACGCACCUGUUUUUUGACCUGGAGGCAUUCAGGCCAAGUCUUGAGGAGCUAUAUAGGACAAAUGGACACCUAUGGAGCCAGAAUGCACAGAACAUAUUCAGGCAGUGGAUUUCGAUGGAGUUCUACCCAAGAUGCAUGACAAGAGACCUUAAGUUUAACUGGGGCGUUCCUGUUCCACUGGAGAAGUUCAAAGAAAAGGUUUUCUAUGUCUGGUUUGAUGCACCGAUAGGAUACCUCACGUUUCUGAAGGAGCUUGUUGGAGAGGAUUUUGGGGAGUGGUGCAAGGAUGCAGAGCUUGUGCAGUUUAUGGGAAAGGACAAUGUGGCAUUCCACACGGUGAUCUUCCCUGCAAUGCUCUAUGCAACUGGAGAGAAGUAUCCGGUGGUCAGAAGGCUAUCUGCAACGGAGUACCUGCAGUUUGAAAACGAGAAGUUCUCGAAGAGCAGGAGACAUGGGAUUUUUGGGCUGGAUCUUGUUGGAGGAGGUCUUGGGAAGUCCUGCAUGUGGAGAUACUACCUGCUGAAAAUACGUCCCGAGUCGACAAAGGACUCGAACUUCACGUUUUCAGACUUCCGGCAGUCUGUCACGGCAGACUUGAUCAACAACCUUGGAAAUUUUGUGAACCGGGUGCUGAAAUACAUCCAGUCCAAAUGCAACUCAAGGGUAUCGUUACUUGAGCUUGAUAGCGGGGACAAGAAGUGCAUUGAAGAUGUGAAUGAGCUAUACUGCAAGUACAAAGCAAAGAUGGAGGAGAUAAAGCUGAGAGAGGCACUGCAGGUUGUGAUGGAGAUUUGCAGGCGAGGAAACGAGUAUAUCCAGGAGGGUGUUCGGAGCAGGGAUAGAAAGGGGCAUUUCUUCUGCCUUGGGUUUAGUAUUAUUGGGCUGGUGGGGACUCUCUUGCAUCCCUUCAUUCCCGUUACCUCGCUGGAGAUACUAAGGAUGUGUAAUCUUGAAGAGACUAUGUUUCCUGAGUCUAUGAGGAUAGUUGAUGGACAUACGAUGGGGAGCGACAUUCGCCCUCUGUUUGAAGACUUUACCACUGAACAGAUUGAGGAAAUGAAGAGGUACGAUCGGCCCCAAAGUACUGGGUGUUCUAAAUAA